GGUUCUAUAUAUGAACUUCCAUCCAUCCCUAAUCACAGUGCUCCGCAUCUUUUUACUUUACUUGUGGCCCUCCGCCACUGCUUAAGAGUUAAGACACGAAGGAGCGCAUGACCGAAAGUGUGUCUGACGAGUAUGGGUAUGGCAAAGCUAAAGAUUGCAGGGGCAUGGAGUGGUGUGCUGGAGAUAGAACCGGAGGAGUGGACGAUUGCUAUGCUGAGGGAGGAGAUCGUCCGGAGAUCGGGCUGCGUUCCGCCGGAGUGCAUAAACCUCAUCUCUGCUGGAAUAUUGCUGAAAGACGGUGAUGGCACGGAGAAACUCAGCCAAUUGGGUAUAAAAAAUCAUGCUAAGAUUUUGGCCUCUAAGGUUUCUCCUGAUAAAGGCAAGGUCAUCCAGGAGGAAUCUUUGGCGGAAGAGGAACGCUCGUCUAGACUUGCCAGGCUCAAAGCUGCUGCUACUUCAUUGUCCCAGAGACAUGCAGAGGGCUCAUUACCUGUUGAAGACUUCAACAUAGAACUUGAAAACCAGAGCGGAGAAAAAGUGCAGCUUGGAUCUGAUACUGAUCAGAGGGCUAUUAUGAUGGGUCUCAUGCUACAUGCUAAUGGGAAAGCACUGAUCCGAAAGCAACAGUUUAAAGAAGCACUUGAGGUUCUCACAAUGGGAGAGGAAGCCUUCGCUCUUUGCAAUCCCAAGGUUAUUGAGAUGGUUGAUAAUGUAGCCAUUCUACAAAUAGACUUGGUGUGGUGUUACUACAUGCUGCAAGACAUCAAGUGGCUCUUGGAUGCAGGGGCCCGCCUUGCAAAAGCUCGGGAAGGUCUCGAGCGUGCUCAUGGUAAGGAAGCUAGUCGUGUCAGACUUCUUCAAAGUGGACGCUAUCCGGAGAUUGCACUACAUGUACGGAUGGAGCUGUUAGAAGGAGUUGUUGCAUAUCACUGUGGCCAGUUAGAAAAAUCUAGACGGUCUUUGAGUUCAGCCCAAGCCAAAUAUAUCCAGCUACAAAUUCCAGACGAAGCUUUGUCAUUAAUUAUGGGCAUGGGCUACAAAGAAAGAGAUGCAAAGAAAGCACUGCGGAUGAACAAUCAAGAUGUUCAAAGUGCUGUUAAUUUUCUUAUUGAGGAGAGAGAGAAAGCAGCAAGGAAACGAGAGGAGAAUCUUAGCAGACAAAGAGAACUCUUGGAGCAAAGGCGUUAUGGAAUGACUGCUCUAAAAAAAGCUGUGAAUCUCCAAUAUCUGAAUGAAUUGGUUUCAAUCGGGUUUUUGAAAGAGAUUGCUGCAGAGGCUCUUCGCCGAAAUGAAAAUGACACACAGAAGGCCCUAGAUGACCUGACCAAUCCAGAAACUAAUUCUGCUAUUCAGCAUCACAUUGCGUUAAACAAAAAGAGAAGGUUGCGCCAAGUAGAGAAUGCUACAAUUGAACAGCUUGCUGCCAUGGGCUUCCCAAGAGAAACAGUGACCGCAGCUGUCCGCAAAUUUGGGACAAGAGAAGCAGCAUUAAAUCAUCUACUUGGGCCAUCAUCGAUGAACAGUGCUUCAACAGUUGGCAAUGAAGGUGCUUCAUUUCUGUCAGGUCAAGGUGAGAAUUUGAACAGGGACGGUGGGGGUAAUCUUGGGGAUGCUGGUGCACAUGCAUCAGGUAGCAAUGCAGUUGUAGGUGAGAAUGCUUUUGGAGGUCCAAGCGAUAUUGAAGGAGUAUAUGAGAAACGUGAUGUGGAAAUGGAGAAUGAGCUAACUGAUGAACUGUUAAAUGGAGAUGCCUACUCUGACUACGACCUUGAGCUUACGAAAGAAGGGGAAGCAAUCACCCAGUAUCUGACUUCGCUCAGAUCUUCAACCUGAAUGCAUCCACCUGUCCAUAUAUUUCAUAAUUUUACUCAUCAGUCAUGCAAAGUGUCACAAUAGGCAGGGGCAGAGUCAAGGGGUCAAGAUGGUUAGCUGACCCCUCUCAAAGUUUGAUAUAUUUCGCCUUCCGUAACUCAUUAUGAAGUGUCGUAUGACAUUCCUAACCACAGCGGUGGAUACCAGUGUCGCUCAGCCCACAAUUUGUUUUGUACUCUUUUGGGCAAUUGCUUUGAGGUGUGAUUUGGAACAGGUCUUUGAGGUGAAAAAAUUGGGGAGGGUUCUGACGGACCAUGCAAAAUGGUUCGUGAUUGUAAAUGGUUCAUGAUAGUUAUGGACUAAAAAUGUUUGUUUAUUCCAAAAUAGGACUAUCAUGUUUUUAUUCCCUAAAUAAGAGUAAUUAUUAUUAGGGCUGAGGGAAAAUACUGAAAUUUCGGUAUACCGCAUUUACCAUAUCAAAAAAUACUGGAUUUAUUAAAGAUUUAGGUGUACCGACAUUUUCAAUAUGGUGUAGUAUCGUACCAAAUUUCUUUGGUAUGGUAUUUGUGUAUAGUUUGAAAAUAAAAGGUAUAUCUGUAUAAUGUGAUACCGGAAGUCCUAUUCAUAUAUUUAUUAAAAUUAUAAAAAAAUACCAAAUACACUUCAUAAGUUCAUAUUAGGGAUAAAUGAUUUUGUAUCCAUGUUGUUUGAAUAAUUUUUUUGUUAGAG